GUGUUGCGCUACUACAACCGACAUCGGGCCACGUGCGUGAUGCAAUAACCUACAAUAUUUCGACGUCCCGGCGCGGAGGGCCCCACGAAGGGCCACGAACGAUGAGCGGACGGGCGGCCAACGGCCGGCCGAGGAGCUCCGAGAACGGCGACGUCCGGUCCGAGGGCGGCGACCACAAAACGGUGAAGUUGCAGAGGAAGAUCACCCUCAUGAACGGGGUGGCUAUUAUCGUGGGUACGAUUGUGGGCAGCGGGAUAUUUGUAUCGCCUGCUGGAGUGUACACCGGCACCAAGUCGGUGGGGUUUUCGAUUAUUAUAUGGUGUCUAUCCGGUAUGUUCUCCAUGCUGGGGGCGCUUUGUUACGCAGAGUUGGGUUGCGCUGUGACGCGUUCAGGGGGUGAUUACGCGUAUAUUUUCGUGGCGUUCGGGCCCCUGGGGGCAUUCCUGAUGCUGUGGGUGUCUCUUUUGAUCAUCAGACCCACCACUCAAGCUAUCGUGGCCAUUACCUUUGCUGAGUAUGCAGCGAAACCCUUUUUUCCGGAGUGUCGCCCGCCGGAAAACGCUAUCAGAUUAUUGGCAGCCGUCUGUUUAUGCCUUUUGACCGCCGUGAACUGUCUCAGCGUCAGAUGGGCCAUGAGGAUACAGAGCGUAUUCACUUACGCCAAGAUCUCCGCCUUGAUCGCCAUCAUCUUGGCCGGAGUCUAUCACGUGUCCAGCGGCCACACGGAGAACUUCCGCAACUCCUUCGACGGGCACUACGAUUUGCCGCAGAUCGCUUUGAGUUUCUACUCGGGCCUGUUCGCUUUCGGCGGUUGGAAUUUCCUGAAUUUCGUCACCGAGGAGCUGCAGGAUCCUUACAAAAAUCUACCGAGGGCAAUAUGGAUUGCACUACCGUUGGUAACUGGAAUAUACGUUUUGGCGAACGUAGCUUAUUUUGCCGUGCUUUCCGGAGUGGAGAUUGAAAGUUCUGCAGCAGUAGCGCUAACAUUCGGCAUGAGGAUGUUCGGUACUCUCACCUGGAUAGUACCGGUGUUCGUGUCGCUGUCGACCUUCGGCGGAGUCAACGGCAUUUUGUUCACCUCCUCGAGACUGUUCUUGACCGGAUCCCAGGAAGGGCAUUUGCCGCAGUUGUUCUCGUUCAUCCACGUCAAGCGGAACACCCCGAUACCUAGUUUAAUAUUCACAUGCAUUACAUCACUGAUGAUGCUGCUUAUAAGCGAUGUAUUUGUGCUUAUAAACUAUUAUGGGCAGAUAUUGUGGUUAUCUAAUGCUGCUUGCAUAGCAGGACUGCUGUGGAUGAGGCGGACACAACCGGAUUUACCGAGACCAAUUAGGAUACACACCUCUAUUCCUUACAUAUUUCUACUGUGUUGUGCAUUUAUAGUUAUAUUUCCCAUACCGACUCAGCCCUGGAACACCGUCAUCGGCCUCGUGAUUACUCUAAGCGGGAUUCCCGUAUACUACCUUUGCAUCGCUUGGAAAAACAAACCAGAAGGCUACCACAAAUUCAUAAGAAGUAUCACGCGAUACGUUCAAUACAUGUUCGAAGUUACCAAUCCGGAGACCACUCAAUCGUUAUUACAAUCUUAGCCCCGUUAAUUAAUUUAUUUAUUUAUUUUGAUAACAUGACGCGGUAUAUGAAGAAAGAUUUAAUCGCUUCUCUUUUUUUACAGUAUUAUAAGGCUAUGAAUAUGAAUAAUAAAUGUACUGAUAAAGCGGUA